UGACCUGGCAUGUUUGGAGAACAAAAAAUAAUUUCAGCAGGUAGAAAUAAAAGGAGGCGGGGCCAGCAAAUGCCAAAGAGGUUGUAGUAUCGGUGCCAUUCAGUGCUCGUGUUACAGCCCCAACAGCCCUGCAAUGCACUAACUCUGUUCCAGGGGAGACUGCUCAGCCCUUGAGAUUCGAUAUGAUUUGUUCAAGAUGAUACAUAUGAGUUUCCCCUGCCGCAGGUCCAGGAAUCCCAAGACUCUGACCUGCCUUCUGGUCGGGGUGAGCUUCUUGGUCCUGCGUCUGUGGUUGCCCCAAGCCGCCAGGUCCCAGCAGGAGAAGAGGUGGGAUGGCGCCACCCAGGCUGCCCUCGCUGCCGCGCAGCAGUCGGCGUUCAGCCCAGAGCAGCCGUGUGUGGCCAACGCCUCGGCGAACUCCACGGCCGACUUCGCGCGGCUGCCCGCGCGCAUCCAGGACUUCCUGCGGUACCGCCACUGCCGCCACUUCCCGCUGCUCUGGGACGCGCCGGCCAAGUGCUCCGGCCGCCGCGGGGUCUUCCUGCUGCUGGCGGUGAAGUCGUCGCCCGCGAACUACGAGCGGCGCGAGCUCAUCCGCCGCACGUGGGGGCAGGAGCGCAGCUACAGCGGGCGGCCUGUGCGCCGCCUCUUCCUGCUGGGCUCCGCCGCCCCCGAGGACGCCGAGCGCGCAGAGCAGCUGGCCGCGCUGGUGGGGCUGGAGGCGCGUGAGCACGGCGACGUGCUGCAGUGGGCCUUCGCUGACACCUUCCUCAACCUCACGCUCAAGCACGCACACCUGCUCGACUGGCUGGAGGCGCGCUGCCCGCACACGCUCUUCCUGCUCAGUGGCGACGACGACGUCUUCGUGCACACCGCCAACGUGGUUGGCUUCCUGGAGGCGCAGCGGCCUGACCGCCACCUCUUCACGGGACAGCUCAUGUCUGGCUCCGUGCCCAUCCGCGAGAGCGGGAGCAAGUACUUUGUGCCCCCGCAGCUCUUCUCUGGGCCGGCCUACCCGGUGUACUGCAGUGGCGGCGGCUUCCUGCUGUCCAGCUACACGAUCCAGGCCCUGCGCAGGGCUGCCCACCUCACCCCGCUGUUCCCCAUUGACGACGCUUACAUGGGCAUGUGUCUGGAGCACGCGGGUCUGGCACCCAGCGGCCACGAGGGCAUCCGACCCUUCGGCGUGCAACUGCCCGGCGCCCGGCAGCGCUCCUUUGACCCCUGCAUGUACCGUGAGCUGCUGCUCGUGCACCGCUUCAUGCCCUACGAGAUGCUGCUCAUGUGGAAGGCGCUGCAUGACCCAGGCCUGAGCUGCAGCCAGGGACACAGGGUCUCCUGAGGCCAAGUGGGCUGCUCUGGGGGGAUAAGCUGAGAAUGUGCCUUCCCUGAUGUGGACCCCUUCUGUUCUAC